ACAUGCUAAAUUUAGUGCGAUCGUUGAAAGCAAACAACAAAGUUGCCUCUACCAGACAACAACAACGCUUACAAGAUGCCCGAUAUACGCCCUCUAUCGGCCAGUUUACAGUGCACAGCCAUCGAGGAGUUGAAUGAGGAUCCCGAUCGUCUCGAUGCUGAUAUUUUGUCGCUACGCACUUGGCUAAAGCAACAGGCACAUAUUCGAUCGCGCAGUGAUGAUCAAUUCCUGGUUUCUUUUCUACGCGGCUGCAAAUUCAGCCUGGAAAAAAGCAAAUCCAAGCUAGAUAAAUACUAUACGUUGCGCACGCAAUUUCCAGAGUUUUAUACUAUACGUAAUGUGGACAACAAACGUAUCCACGAUAUACUGAAAUUGGGCGUGGGACUUCGUUUGCCAAUUCCCUUGCAUGAUGAUGGUCCCCGAGUGAUCUAUGUGCGUCCAGGCUGCUAUCCGGCUGAUAAAUACACCUUUGAGGAGAUAAUGGCCAUAUCGAAUGCAUUAAAUGCCCUCAGCAUACAGUUCGAUGACCAUGCUGUUAUCCAUGGCUAUGUUGUAUUGUUGGAUUUUAGCGAUUAUACGGCAUCGCAUCUGUUGCAGAUGACGCCAAGCGUGAUUAAGAAGAUGGCUAGAUUCGCCGAGGAUGCGAUGCCAGUGCGAGACAAAGGCACUCACAUGAUCCACACAAAUCCUGCCUUUGAGAUGAGCUUCAACUUGCUGCGAUCGGCGAUGUCAGCCAAACAACAGGAGCGCUUGUCGGUGCAUGGCAACAAUCUGGAGUCGCUGUAUGAGCAUAUUCCCCAACGGUAUUUGCCCACACAUUUGGGUGGGGAGCAGGGCACCAUUGAGGAGCUGAAGGAGUCCGCGUGGAGCACUUUUGUGGAAUGCCAGGAGUACCUAAGGGAGGAGUCCAACUAUGGGUUGGAUGAAAAGUUGCGACCCGGAGGUCGAUGCAACGAUUACGAUAGCAUCUUUGGAGUCGAUGGAUCGUUUCGCAAAUUGAAUUUCGAUUGAUGUAGACGCUUGAUGUCAAAUGAGAUUAUUCCCAAAUUAAAUACUU